AUGACGGGAGGCGAGGGGGCCCCGCAGAGGAUACCACCGUCUCUGUGGGACAUCUGGAGAAAGAGGCGGGGAACUGGAUCCUUCGACGGCGCACUGGGCCGCCAGAGUUCUGAUGAUUCUGGAGGAUCCAGCGGGUCUUACGGUCGCGCCGGACUAGGCUUCGACCCCGGCUCGAGUGUUGGAGGGGCGGGCGGGGGGGGGGGCGCGUCGCCUGGAAAGGUUCCCGAACUGGUUCGCGUGGCGCUCUUCGACCCGGACUAUGACACUUCCAGGCAGCACCUCGUGAAGCUGUUCGAUGCUCUCGACACGAACGGGAGCGGUACGAUCACGUACGAGGCGAUGAGGAUGGGGCUGGCCAACCUCGGCACCUAUAGCGACGUCAACUACCUCAUGCAAAGGGCGGAGAUGGACAAGACGAAGGAGAUUUCGCUGGACGGGUUUGUGGACAUCGUGCAGGACUACGCCGAGAAGGUGUUCGCGGCGAAUCAGGAGGUCCCGGUGUCGUGCUUCUGCUACGACUACUCCCCGGAAGAAGUGGCCUUCCGAUGGGUGAAAACCGGGGAUCCGAAUCCCCCAUCCCCGAGCGUCUCCCUCCGGCGGCUUAUGGCAGAGCGAGACGACCAAAAGGGCGAUGUGCGGUGGGUUUGCGUCACCGGUUCGGACCCGUCGUUGGUAAUACACAUGGCGAACCGCUUCGGCAUUCACCCGCUUCAGGUGGAGGACUGCCUCAACCCAAGGGAAAGGCUGAAGGUCGACGCCUUCCAAGCUACCCCGGUAAAACCGUCUAGAAUUCCAAGCGCUACCUACAAGUUUCAGGCACCGGCGAAAGGCACUAAAGGUAGUACAAACGACGAACCAACGGUUUCAACGACUAUGGGAGGGUCGACGGAGGUUCCGAUGCCUGCCUCGACGUCGCCGGCAGUGGCAACAGCACCACCAACAACAACAACAACCACCACAGCCACGGAAACGGUAGACAGUGCGGCGGAGGCGGCGGCGGAGCUAGAGGCAUCGGCGGCGAUGAGAAACGAACUUCUCCCAAGCUCCACCUCGAUGUUAUCCGGGGCCGCUGACCAAUCGGAAGGAGCUCCGCCGCGUCACCCACCAGCGAGGCCCGAAGCGGGACGAGUCUCGCCGGUAAAGAUUGCGAAUCUUUCGCACGGUGCGGACCCGGAUACCGGCGGGAAUGUCGCCGGGGCCGGUUCCGCGGCGCGCGGCGAAAUCGGUGCCGGGUCGGGGGACGGCGGCGAUGUACCCACCCUGACCCCCAAUGACGACGGUGACGAUCCCGGCGCUCCUGCAGAAGAGAUCCUGCACGUUGUCCUUGGAAGAAUAUCUCUGCGAGAGCCUACUCUGGGCAGGCCUUCCAACUUCGAGAGGGAGCAGGUGUCCGUCUUCCUCGUGGGAGACCACACAGUGCUCUUCAUCGAGCCUACCCGUUCAAAAGUCAGCGACCAGAUCUCGAACCGCAUCUACUACGCGGGUAGCAAGCUCCGCCUGAACAACGCCAGAUACCUGGUGUACAGCCUCAUGGACAGCAUCGUGGACGAUGUUUUCCCCAUCAUGCAGCAGUUCCAGGCCUGGCUCGUACAACUGCAGGAGCAGCUCCACUCCGAGGACGCCGGUCCUUCCCUAGACAUCGUGCGAGCGAUCCAGCAGAUCUCGAGGGACAUGCACAUGAUCACGUUCUACCUCCGCCCCAUGAAAGUUGUGGCCGCCCAACUCAUUACGGAUCUACCCGGGAACGACGCCGACCUCAAGAGACACCUGGAGGACUUGAGGGACCAUCUAUUGAUGCUAGAGGAGCAGGCUUUGAGGAUGUCGACUUGGAGCCGGAGUCUUAACAAGGACUGGGUCAACGAGCAGCAGCAUAGGAUGAACCAAGUGGUGUACAUUCUGACGAUGGUGACCUCGGCCUUCAUGCCUGCGCAGUUCCUCACUGGCGUGUUUGGCAUGAACUUCAAGUUUAUGCCGGAACUGAACUGGAGGUACUCCUACGCUUCGUUCUGGGUGCUCGUCGCCUUGUUGGCGUUCUCCAGCUACACCGUGUACAAGAGGCACAAAUGGUUGUGAAGACCUUUUCGUUAUGGAAAAUAUUCAUGCAAUACAAAACGGAUUUCCCUCAGUAGACUGGUCUCAAGAGGGACACAGUGGGAUGCCGUAAUACGGACUACUGAGAACGGGGGCUGUCAUGGUGCCGUCUGAGGCUUGGCUUCAAGAGGGGCGUGGUGAAGCCCGUAAACGGGAGGUGUCGUUGUUGUUGUCGCUGGUGUCUUCCACACCUUUUAAAACGUCCUCUCCUUAGUGCCGUAACGUAUCCGUACUGGUCGCUGGUUUUAGUGCCAUCUCAUACAUGUCCGUGUCGGCCCAACCGACGCGAAUGUCUUCCGAUGUCACAAGUCGACUGCCCCAAAUAGGGUACAUGUAGACAGCAGGGGAGUACGUACAAGUAGCCGUCUGAGACUGACCGAAGCUGUCUGAGGCCGGCCUCAAGAGGGGGCUCCGUUAAGCCCAUAAACGAGACUCAACGGGGGGUAUUGUGUGAAGCCCUUACAGCAGUAGCCAAGGUUCGACGAAGCCGUCCUCAAACACAAAGGGACGUGCGCAGAAGAAGGCGAUGGAAUUUUGAGAGGCUUGUUUCAAGCAUGACAGGUAGAAAUGUCUUUAGGGUAGGAGCCUUGUUGUAUGAUAGUUGACGUUGUGCUGUGUAGACCGUUACGUCGGCGUUGGCUGGGCUGCGAUGUAGAUAUGUAGUCGAGGUGAUUGUUUUGCUGGUAACGAGUUUUGGGACCUCUGUGCAAACACCAUCUUGCGUGCCGAAGACACGAAUGUGUGGUUGUUGUAGCGUUGAAUAGGAAAUUUGUUGGUGCGGGCGGCGUCGGGAGUUAUCUUUUAGAUGCUGCGAAUGUCGUGUUGACGAGUGUUAACGAGAUAUGACGAAUGAUUGUAGGGUGCGUUCUGGUCCAGCCGACGCAUGUUCCUUCCGUCGUCGCAUGUUGACUUCCCGACUUCCCCGAAACGGGUACAUGUACAUGUUUUACAGCAGUAGAGGGCAUUUCCUGCUGCAAGAAUUUGCGAGUAGCAUUGGGUUCUUUCGGUGUUCUUUGCCGUCUAGUCGCACCAGUCUUUCGUGGGUCGGCCCAUGGCAACAAUCCUGUGUCUGUGCCUCGAAAGAGGCUGCUGAAGAAAACUGGGUAAGGUAACUUGUGAGCAGAGAGAGAGAGAGAGAGAGAGAUUCAGAUUGGUGAGGGGGAAUCAGGCACCAGGUUUGUUGCCUGUUCCUAGCGCUCGAACGCAAGCGAUAUAUGUAGUUUUCGUCGUGUGUUUCCAACUGCGUAACCAUCUUCUAUGUAGAUCGACGAUGCUGAG